AUGGGAGAGAGGAAGGUUUUGAACAAAUAUUACCCACCGGAUUUUGAUCCCUCCAAGCUUCCCAGAGCAAGAAGGCCCAAGAACCAGCAGAUCAAGGUUCGCAUGAUGCUUCCUAUGAGCAUUCGAUGUAAUACUUGCGGCAAUUACAUCUACAAAGGCACAAAAUUCAAUUCUAGAAAGGAAGAUGUUAUUGGCGAGACAUAUCUGGGAAUUCAAAUAUUCAGGUUCUACUUUAAAUGCACAAAGUGUUCAGCUGAAGUUACCAUGAAGACUGAUCCACAGAAUUCGGAUUACAUUGUUGAAUCUGGUGCAACCAGAAAUUUUGAGCCUUGGCGUGCAGAAGAUGAAGAAGCAGACAAAAUGAAGCAGAAGAGGGAUGCUGAAGAGAUGGGAGAUGCGAUGAAAUCGUUGGAAAAUAGAACCCUGGAUUCUAAAAGGGAGAUGGACAUCCUAGCUGCGUUGGAUGAGAUGAAGUCAAUGAAGUCUAGGCAUGCAACUGUUUCUGUUGAUGAAAUGCUCGAGGCUCUGCAGCGCACAGCAGCUGAUAAG